CUGUCUCUCUCCUCCUGUCAUGUGACCGACCUCCCCACUCCACUCUAUUUCUCUCUCCCCGCUCAGCUCAAUCCUUCCCCUCCUCCUCGCGUCCCUAUCAUUCCCGUUGCGGCAUUGCCCAAAUUUAGCGCCGACCUCCCCCCCUCACCGUCCAUCCACACUACCCGCCCGUCAUUCUAGCUCCGCAGCGGCGGCACGGCGCCCCGGAACCGGGAGCCGGGAGCAACAGAACACGCGAGCUAAAAACGGGCACCGCGCGCGCGAUCCCCGGCACCCGCGCCCGCCGGCCUUACAUUGCCGCCCGGGCCCUCGGCAUUGGGGGAGGUUUCGGCGUUGCGCCGUCGUUCCCGCGUGUUGCGUUGAUUCCUCGAACCAACGCGCGGCGCGGGGUCCCGGCCAUGGCGCAGCUGCCGCCCAAGAUCCCCGCCAUGGCGCCGGCAUGGCCCGAGUUCGGGGGCGGGCACCACCACCACGCCCACCACCAUCAACAGCGCAGCCCCUCCGUGGGCACGUUCCUCGCCGCGCCCAUGCCGCCGCAGCAGCCGACGUGGGUCGAGGAGUUCCUCGACUUCACGGCCGCCAAGCGCGGCGCGCACCGCCGCACCGUCAGCGACUCCGUCGCCUUCCUCGAGCCCGGCCCCGACGACGGCAAUGCCGGCGACGGGGCGCACGACUUCGACCGCCUCGACGACGACCAGCUCCUGUCCAUGUUCUCAGACGACCUGCCGCCGCCGCCGCCGCCGCCACAGCAGCAGCAGGCCGCUCCCGCGCCCGCGCCCGUGGCGAGCUCGUCGUCGCCGUCCGACCACAACAGCAUCAAUGACGAGAAGACGGACAGGGGCGAGACCGAGGAGGCGCAGAGCAAGUGCCACGGGGACGCCCCCGCCGCGCCGGGGCAGCCGGCCUCCGCCGCCGCCGCAGUUGAUCCCAAGCGCGUCAAGAGGAUCCUGGCGAACCGGCAGUCGGCGCAGCGGUCGCGCGUGCGCAAGCUGCAGUACAUCUCGGAGCUGGAGCGCAGCGUCACGUUGCUUCAGACGGAGGUGUCGGCGUUGUCCCCGCGCGUUGCCUUCCUCGACCACCAGCGCUCGCUGCUGACGCUGGGGAACAGCCACCUCAAGCAGCGGAUCGCCGCGCUCGCGCAGGACAAGAUCUUCAAAGAUGGAUUGCCAUGACGACGAUGGUGUCCCGACCCGAAGCGAACCUCUCGCUACAAGUAUCUGACCCGGUCUCUCUGUGCGUGUGUUUGCGCAGCUCAUCAGGAGGCGCUGAAGAAGGAGAUCGAGAGGCUGAGGCAAAUCUACCUCCAGCAGAGCCUGAAGAACGCCGAGUCGUCCCCGACGCCCGACGCGGCCCCGAUCCGCAGCGACAAGGACCUGAUCGCCAGCGAGGGGACCGCGGCGCCCGAGCCCUGCCCGCCCUCGUGAUGAGGCCGGAGACCAUCCAUGUCCGUCCGGUCCGGUCGCUGUAGUGGGGGGGAGGUGGCCUCCGCCUGUCGUCCAUGACAACGAGAGGUGUCGCUGGCUGCUAGGAUUGGUGGUGGCGCUGCUUGGGUUUGUGCAUUCCUUGGGGGGUGUAAUCGUGAUGUAAAGGAGACACUCGAUUGAUUUGGUUUUGUUCAUUCUCGCAUCCUCUGCUGCUGACUGCCUGCUGCUCCGUCUUCCACCUCCCUGAGUUGUAAUUUUUGUUUGGGCAUUUGGGCGAAGGUUGUUGUAGGUAAGAGACCAAAUGUAAUUCAGAUUGGUUGGGGUCGAUUUGUGUGUUUGGGGUGGUUUUGUAUCUGAUCUGAUCUGAUCUGAUCUGAUCAUUCGAAAAAGAUGUAUGUUUUCGGAACAAA